AUGCCUAAUGGCUACACGCCUCUCCAUAUUGCAGCUAAGAAGAAUCAGUUGGAGAUUGGGACAACAUUGUUGGAGUAUGGGGCGGAGUGUAACACAGUGACCCGUCAGGGCAUCAGCCCCCUCCACCUCGCCGCACAGGAGGGCAGUGUAGACCUCGUGUCCUUGCUUCUCACCAAACAGGCUAAUGUUAAUAUGGGCAAUAAGAAUGGUCUCACGCCGCUGCACCUGGCUGCACAGGAUGACAGGGCAGGUGUUGCUGAAGUACUGUUGAACCAUGAAGCAGAAAUUGACGCUCAAACCAAGAGUGGUUACACUCCGUUGCAUGUGGCAUGUCACUAUGGCAACAUGAAGAUAGCCAACUUCCUGUUAGAGAAUCAGGCCAAGCCUAAUGCCAAAACAAAGAACGGUUACACACCUCUUCAUCAAGCAGCACAGCAAGGCCACACCCACAUCAUUAAUAUGCUGCUUCAGUAUGGAGCUUCGCCCAAUGAGCUCACAAUGAAUGGGAACACAGCUCUCUCCAUUGCUCGCCGACUGGGGUACAUCUCCGUAGUGGACACGCUGAGAGGAGUUACAGAUGAAAACCUCACUGCCACG